AUGUCCACCGAAGAACUCAAAUCCAUCGUCAACAAGUUGCAAGACAGAAUCCAUGCUUUGGAGCAAAAAGCUGGUCUCGUUCCUAACGUGCCAAAGUCCAUCAGAAUGGUUUUGAUUGGCCCACCAGGUGCUGGUAAGGGUACUCAAGCUCCAAACUUGAAGGACAAGUUCUGUGCUUGUCACUUGGCUACUGGUGACAUGUUGCGUGCUCAGGUUGCUGCUAAGACUGACUUGGGUGUCGAGGCCAAGAAGAUCAUGGACAAGGGUGGCUUGGUCUCUGACGAGAUCAUGGUUAACAUGAUCAAGUCCGAGUUGGAGAACAACAAGGAGUGCGCCAACGGUUUCAUCUUGGACGGUUUCCCAAGAACCAUCCCUCAAGCCGAGAAGUUGGACUCUAUGUUGGACGACAGAAAGACCCCAUUGGAGAAGGCUGUUGAGUUGAAGAUCGACGAUGAGUUGUUGGUCGCCAGAAUUACUGGUAGAUUGGUCCACCCAGCCUCCGGUAGAUCUUACCACAAGUUGUUCAACCCUCCAAAGAAGGAGAUGACUGACGACGAGACUGGUGAGCCAUUGGUUCAGAGAUCUGACGACAACGAGGAUGCCUUGAAGAAGAGAUUGGUCACUUACCACAAGCAAACUGAGCCAAUUGUCGACUACUACAGAAACAAGGGUAUCUGGAGCGGCAUUGACGCUUCCCAGAAGCCAACCACUGUCUGGGCCGACAUCUUGAAGUGUUUGGGUCAGAAAUGA